UGCGCAUGCGCGCACCAUGUGAAGGCAACCAACUCUGGAAAGUGAGAGGCCUUCUGGAUGUUUUGUUAUUGAUAAACAUAAACUGGUGCCCGACUAGGGUACCAGUUAUCACCGAAAAUGGCGUGUCUAGCGAACUUGAAACAGGAUAUCAAACUUUUGGAGACUUCUUUCCCGAAAGACCACGAAAGGUUUCAGAUUCGAUCUGCAACACUCGAUGAACUGUCAUGUCGAUUCAUCGGAAGAAAUGGGAAUCACUACGACAUUCAAGCAAAUAUCACGGAAACGUAUCCACAGUCAGCUCCCAUCUGGUUCAGUGAUUCAGAGGAAGUGGUGGUCACCACUGUGAUAGAGAGACUCACAGAAACCACUCCUGACAAAUACAAUAUAUUACAACAGGUAAAGCUACUCCUGACAGAGCUCUGUUCCCUCCACGACAUCCCUGUACCAGAGGAGAUCGCCUUUAUUGACAGUGCUUUAGUCAACCGGGGACAACCAGUGCGAGACCGCCAUGAGAGCUCUGAAGAAGAAGAUGAAGAUGAAUUCCACUAUGACAUGGAAGAUGAUGCUCAAAGCAGUGAUCAGAAGGCCAAAGAGGAAAUAGAUGGAAUUGACACAGAAAACCUAGCUGUCUUGGAACGGCUGAAACAGAACCAACGUCUGUCUUACCUAAAGCAGGGAUCAGUGACUGGUUCAGUCCAGGCCACCGACAGGCUGAUGAAGGAGCUACGAGACAUAUACAAAUCUGAAAGCUUUAAAAGACAAAUCUAUACAGUAGACCUAGUCAAUGAUUGCCUGUAUGAAUGGUGUGUCAAGUUAAAAAAGGUUGAUCAAGACAGUCCUCUUCACUCAGAUCUUCAGACAUACAAGGAAAAGGAGGGGAAAGAUUUCAUCCAACUUUGUUUUACUUUCAAAGAUUCCUUUCCAUUUGAUCCUCCUUUUGUGAGAGUGGUGAAUCCCGUCAUAUCUGGAGGCUAUGUAUUGGGUGGAGGAGCCAUAUGUAUGGAGCUUCUUACAAAACAGGGUUGGAGUAGUGCGUACAGUCUGGAAUCCGUCAUAUUGCAGAUUUCAGCUACUUUAGUGAAAGGAAAAGCACGCAUUACAUUCAGUGCUUCAAAGACCCAGUACAGUUUGGCCAGAGCACAACAGUCUUUCAAAUCACUUGUACAGAUACAUGAAAAGAAUGGUUGGUUUACGCCACCGAAAGAAGACGGCUAGGUGACAAUGCUACACUCACAAGUGCUUUGCUGUUAUUGCGAUGUCAUCGAUUUGAUAAGAGAGGACUUAAUGAUGACACAUAAUAAACAAUAUACACAUGUUGUGCUAUUGGGGAUUAAUGCAAGCUGUCUGACAACUUCCAGAUGUACUGAGCUCUUCCUGCAGCCUCAGUGUGGAUUUCAGCCCAUCCUUGGAAGACUGCACCAGUGACCAGUCAGUCAUACUGAAUAGCCCUUAGAUGCCACAACUGCAUUGGAUCGGCCUGGUCCUUCUAUGUUCAUAGUUCACACUUUGUAUGCUUUAGUUCGUUUUCUGUCUGUAUACUAUGGAUACUUUUGCAAUAGGAUGCUUUCAAAUGAUACUCUGUUCACAUUGACAAUAAUGCUGAAGCCUUUUCUCAGCGAUUUCAUUUUGUCUUUAUUAUCCAAAUUUCAUCAUUGCAUUUGUAGAAUUUUCUUUUUCGUUGCCUCAGUAAUCAGUGUCAUUUCGUUUUGAUGAUUAGUUUCUUGUUCUUGGCCCCCAGUUCCCUUCCCUCCCCACCUCACCCCCCUCCCCUAAAACAAAAAUAUUUGCAGGUUUGAUAAUGUACAGUUCAACAGCUUCGAGCCGAUCUGUUGAUAACGAGAAUGGGUAGAAAAGGACAUAUUUACAAAUGUUGAAGCAAUCAGAAUUGUGCUAUGUGGGUUAUCCUGAGAUCUUUCUGUUUAUUUAUGAGUGUUAUUCAACAUUUACAAAGUUUGAUGUUGGUUGAUCAUGAUCUGCCUCGACAAAGUGUUCACACGUUCCUUGGAACUAGCGAUGUCUCCAGACACGGACAGCGGUCUCUACUAUCCGGACAAGAGGUCAGUGAUGACCGCCCCCAUGUUAUACCAGCUUCAGAGGUGUUCUUUAGCCAUAGCUAUCUGAUUGCAUAUUCAGCGAGUGGCAGAAAGUGGCAUCUCAGCAAGUGUGUACAGGCGUUAUAUGCAACUCUUACACAGGGAUUCUGGGAUUAUUUUGUAGUGUAUGUGGUGUGAGGGAUUUAACAGACGUCAUGGACGAUGCCGUGGGACUUCUCACCCCCUCAGUACAAUUGCUUUUAGAGGAGAUUCUCACACAAUUAUGAUUCUGUACAAAUAACGAAUAUUGUACUCUGAACAUGUCGUCAUCAUCAUCAUCAUCAAGUAAACUUCUGUAUAUGUUUAA